GCAAACCAUGAACAGCGUUAUCAGCAAAGCCAAAGCACAGCUAUCAAAGGGCAUCCACGAGUCUUUUUGUGUGGGCUGUAGCUACCGAGGAGGUUUACUGGGUUUCCUUACUGUUUGACUGUGCGGAGGCUUGAGCGAGAGGAUAAUGUGCUGCACAGGGAAGUGUGCCCGGCUGGUGGGCCUCAUAUUGCUGCCUUCGGCAUUUGCCUGCAUGAUCGCUAACCUGCUUCUCUUCUUCCCCAAUGGGGACAGUCUGGAAAACAGCAACAUCUCUCUACAAGUGUGGCUCAUGGGCGGCUUGAUUGGAGGAGGACUCUUUAUGCUGUGUCCCAGCUGCUCAGCUAUCAGAGCUGGGGGAAAAGGUUGCUGUGGUAAAGGCUGCUGUCAAAACCGGUGUAGGAUGCUGAACUCUGUGUUCUGCUCGGCCUUUGGCUUGGCAGGAGCCGUAUACUGUACCAGUGUCUCCUCAGCCGGCCUGGCCAUUGGACCAAAGUGUAAGCUGGAGAACAACAAGUGGGAGUACCCCUUUGAGAACCUUCCCAAAAAUGAGAGUUAUCUGACGAACAAGGAGCUGUGGACGCAGUGUGUGGAACCACAAAACAUGGUGCUGUGGCACAUUGUCCUCUUCUCCAUCAUGCUGUGUUUGGGCCUGUUGCAGCUAAUCCUCUGUGGCAUGCAGGUGAUUAAUGGCUGCAUGGGGUGCCUCUGCGGAGACUGUCGCAGCAGCAAGGAGGAUGAUGAGGGACUCUGACAGGCCCAGGUGCGAUAGAGGAUACCCCAUGUCCAUACUGAAGAAGAUUCAGCAUCCUCAUGGUUGUUUGAUGUUGAGUUUUGGGUACCAACACGCUGUACAUUAGUAAGCACUGUUGACCAGUAAUUAACUCACUGAGGAAAAAUGUUUUAACUAUCUAUGUAUCUGUGCAGUCAGACAUUAUUGGUAACUUCCAUUUCAACAAAAUUACAACAUUUAUUGUUCCCUAACAUUAUAUGUUCAGCAGCUGCCUUAUCAUUCUGUUCCCAAAUGGCAGUUUUCAGGUGCAUUUUAUGUAUAAGAUUUUUAUGUAUCUUGUCAAAAUUUCAUUUUAUGGUUGAGACCUGUAAGGUCAGCCUUAGUCCAGUGAGCUUUCGUUUUACAUUCCAAAAAAAAAAACAUUCAAAAGAACACCACAGUCUAUUGGAUUAUCGAUUGUGGUGUUUCUUCUUACAUCAUUGCAUCUCUGAGCAGAAGUGUUUUUACCCACUUAGCAAAAAUAAAACUAACCAUGAUGCAUUUAACAGUU